UAUGACAUCACAAAAAACUGUGGAUCAUUAAUCAGAUAGUUACAUAAAUAUGGUGGCUUGUGGACAGAUUUUGAUUAUAUUGGUACAAAUAUCAAUCAAUGUCCUUCUUUCUUGUGGUUCUGAAAUUCCAUUAUGUGAAAAGGGAUACAAAUCAUGCUGUGCAUAUUACAAGUGGAAUACAGAAACUCAACAAUGCGAAAAAUGUUUAGCCGGAUAUAGUGGAGAUAAUUGUAGUCUACCGUGUCCAUAUCCUUUUUAUGGAGAUAGUCAAUCAUAUCCAUAUCCUUAUUAUGGAGAUGGAUGUCAAGCGAGGUGUGAUUGUGAAAAAUACCUAUGCAAUAUUUCAGUGGUUGCUG